CUUGAACUGGGAGAAGUCUAGUGUCUCUUGUGCAGAUGGACCGAGGCUAGCAACAGCUGUCCCCCCCCCGCUCAUGCUGCAGGUUGGUGUUUGAAACUUGAACGAGUAUGGCGACUUAGAAUCACAUCUUCUUUUAAGUGACACAUUGUAAGAAACCGAGCCACCCAUUUGUACCCGUUCCGUAUUACUGCAUUCCCCGGGGGCGUUGAUAUCUCAACCACUUUAAGUUUCGAUUGUGGAACGUAGCAGCUAACGCUAGCCUCGGUUUAACCUCCAAGAGCCUUUUUUUAAAUUUAAAAAUAUAUAUAUAUAUAUUAGACAAGCAAACACAAAGGAGCACUGCAGCUGCAGGGGGGUAGUAGUGCGGCAACGACGGUCUGGAGAUGUCCGGAGCUAACGGGGGACAGGCGAGCGCGGCUAGCGACCACCACAACCAGGAGAAUAUGCUGUCAAGGCUGCGGGGCUCGCUGAAGAGCCGAGCCGCCGCCGCCGCCACCACCACCAACAACGCUCCGGGCGAGAACCAGGAGAACCUCGCGCCCAAACAAGCGUCCACCAGGACCGUGCUGGGAGCCCUGCAGACCAACCAGCGGAGCCAGAGCCAGAACCAGAACCAGCGCGGCGGCACAAAGCAGGAUGGAUCACAGUCUUUGUCUUGUAAAAAUGAGGACUUUGGCAAAAGCUGUUUUGAGAAGCCCGCCGCCAAGCAGCCCGCUUUCCAGAUCCACGUGGACGAGCCCGACGGUGCCAGGAUCAAAAAACCCCAGCCGGUGGUCGACGCUGUCAAAGCGAAGCCCGUCCCUGAAGAGUCUCCGCUGGCCAUCAACAAUGCCGUGGCACGUCUCCGACAGCCCCUCGCCACCAUCGAUGUUCCGUCAGCAAUGGACGUCAGCUUUGACUCUCCCAUGGACAUGUCUGUGGUCGAGGGGGAGGAGAAGCCUGUCGAUGUAAAUGAGGUCCCAGAAUAUGCUGCUGAAAUCCACACGUACCUGAGGGAGAUGGAGGUAAAGACACGGCCUAAAGCAGGCUACAUGAAAAAGCAGCCAGACAUCACCAACAGCAUGAGGGCCAUCCUGGUGGACUGGCUGGUCGAGGUCGGGGAAGAGUACAAGCUACAGAACGAGACUCUUUAUCUGGCCGUAAACUACAUUGAUCGCUUCCUGUCCUCAAUGUCCGUCCUGAGGGGGAAGCUUCAGCUCGUCGGCACUGCUGCUAUGCUGCUGGCUUCGAAAUUUGAAGAAAUCUACCCCCCUGAGGUGGCAGAGUUCGUUUACAUCACAGACGACACCUACACCAAGAAACAAGUGUUGAGAAUGGAGCAUCUGGUGCUUAAAGUGCUCUCCUUUGAUCUGGCAGCCCCCACCAUCAACCAGUUUCUCACCCAGUACUUCCUCCACCAGUCUGUUAGCAAGCAGGUGGAGAGCUUGGCAAUGUACCUUGGGGAGCUCAGUCUGGUUGAUUCAGAUCCCUUCCUGAAGUACCUCCCAUCACAGACUGCUGCUGCAGCCUACGCCCUGGCCAACAGCACUGUGACCGGUGGCUCAUGGCCCAAAUCCUUGACAGAGAUGACUGGCUACUCCAUGGAAGACUUGAUGCCCUGUGUCGACGACCUGCACCGGACAUACCUUGGCGCUGCUCAGCACGCCCAGCAGUCUGUCCAGGAAAAGUACAAGGGCUCCAAGUACCACACUGUUUCUUCUAUCGACGCUCCAACUAAAUUGCUGCUCAAGUGACUCCUUCCCCCGUCUGUGUAGAGUUGUAACCCCCUGUCAGUCUUUUUGUAUUUUUUUAUUUUUUUAUAUCGUAUAACACAAGCUGCUCUUCUUGGAGUCGUGCUAGAUGUUUAGAGUUUUUAAAUGGCAUUUUUAUAUACUAAAUCCAGAUAUUCAUGCCAGACGCUACAGUUGUUUGUUAAUCAAGCAGAUUUAAAUGUUGACUUUUAAUCUCGGACAAAAUGUUGAGGUAUUCACCGCUACUCUGUAAAACGCUAUGCUUUGAUCUGCAGCGUCUCAGUUCCACCAGUUGUCUAAAUGUACUCAAACCCAGCAAACCUUAAUAUUGGCUUUUUUCCACUUUUAAGGGUUGAGUUAUUGUUGCUGGUUACAAUAUCUACGAGGGUACGCUACAUCCUCCAUUUUAAAGAGGUAUAGCCUUUUUUAAAAAGUGGUGUAACCUUCAAAUGUUUGGCCUCAUGAGAUGCAGAUUAAAGUGUAUUUUGUCUGUCAUUGAGUCAGCUGUCUCAUUACAUACAUGUCUUGGAAGUUAAAUGCUUUUCAAGGAAUCUUCUGCACUGUAAAAUAUGGCUCUUGUAAAUAAAAUUUCAUCUAAAGUAAA